UCUGUCGAACCGUCAGAAGCGGACGUUGAAGUGUCGUUCUGACAUUCUCACCUCUCCCGCGAGUUUUGGGUUUUGAAGGUUGCGCGCAGUCAUGGCUCUGACGCUGGUGUUGGUGGCGGUGACGGUGCUGCUAGCGCUCCUGGCGGCGAAGCGCCUGUACCAUCAGGCGUACGAGCGGCCGCCCAACUUCCCGCCCGGUCCCCCUCGACUGCCGAUAUGGGGCAGCUACUGGCUUCUGCUGCUGGAGAACUACCACUUCAUGCACAAGGCGACGCUGAGCAUGGCCCGCCGCUACAACACGAGCCUGCUGGGCUUGUUCCUGGGCCAGUUCCCCACCGUGGUGGCCACCAGCUACGAGCACGUGCGAACCAUCCUCACUCGCCCCGAGUUCGCCGGUCGGCCCGACAUCAUCCAAGUGCGAGCGCGCGCCUUCGGGGAACGCCUGGGUGUCUUCUUCUCGGACGGGCAGCCGUGGCUGGAGCAGAAGCGCUUCAUGCUUCGCAACAUGCGCGACUUCGGCUUCGGCCGGCGCUUCCCGCGCAUGGAGGAGACGCUGCACGAGGAGGUGGGCGACCUGGUGGCGCUGGCCAGGGGCGAGUGGACGGACGAGGUCGCAAUGAAGGACGGCUGCAUGAAGUUUCCAACCGCUCUUUAUCCGAGUUUUAUCAACGUCCUGUGGAUGAUGAUAGCGGGGCAGCGUUUCUCACGUGACCAGUGCGACGAAUUGCGUGCGAUCGCGGAAGCCUCCAACAAAUUCGUGCAGAACCUGGAUCAGCUCGGAGGCGCCGUAGCGCAGACGCCAUGGUUAGCCAAAAUCGCACCCGAAGCCACGGGACUACCACAAACCGUGCGCACCAGCAAGUACAUCACCGAUUACGUUAAGAAUGCCCUGGAGGAUCACGAGAGGACGUAUUCAGAGAAUCAUCUGCGUGAUUUCAUCGAUCGUUACAUCCAAGAGAUGCGGAAACUAGGACCACGAAAAGAGUUCUCUUUUACAGUCAUCUGUGAAAAGGCUUUGCUACGAAGAAGUGAUGUGAUUGUACGUUUCUUGCCUCGCAGCUUACCUUACACAGAAGCGAUCAUCAGAGAGACGUUGCGAUUCAACACAUUGGUGCCCUCAGCGUUGCCGCACCAAGCCCUAGAAGACACCACUCUGGGAGGCUACGACAUUCCGAAGCAUACAAUUGUCAUCUGCAACUUGCAUGCUAUGCACCACGACAAAGAGCUGUGGGGUGACCCGGAGAAUUUCCGGCCAGAACGAUUUCUAGACGAACAUGGAAAACUGAAAAGAGACAUCAGUCUACCAUUUGGAGCUGGGAAACGGUUAUGCGCUGGAGAAACCUUCGCACGGCAAGGAAUGUUCGUUGUUCUUGCUGCGCUGUUACAAAACUUCAACCUCGAAGCAAAGGAUCGCAGCAGUUUGCCACCAAUUGACCACGCAAUUAACGGACUGACCCUCACUUCUAAUAAUAUGUGGACUGCCUUGGUAAAACAAUCCAGAUGCAUUAAAAAAAUGCUGUGCUUUCGUUUAUCAACUGGAAUAAGACGGUCAACAGACGAGGUUUUAUCUUGCUCGCGCCGCGCGAUCAUGGCUCUGGUGGUGGUGCUGCUGGUGACGGUGACGGUGCUGCUAGCGCUCCUGGCGGCGAAGCGCCUCUACCAUCAGGCGUACGAGCGCCCGCCCAACUUCCCGCCCGGUCCCCCUCGACUACCGAUAUGGGGAAGCUACUGGCUUCUGCUGCUGGAGAACUACCACUUCAUGCACAAGGCGACGCUGAGCAUGGCCCGCCGCUACAACACGAGCCUGCUGGGCUUGUUCCUGGGCCAGUUCCCCACCGUGGUGGCCACCAGCUACGAGCACGUGCGAACCAUCCUCACAAGCCAAGAGUUCGCCGCUCGGCCUGAUAUCAUCCAAGUGCGAGCGCGCGCCUUCGGGGAACGCCUGGCGGGGCAGCGUUUCUCACGUGACCAGUACGACGUGCUGCGAGCAAUCGCGGAAGCCUCCAACAAAUUCGUCCAGAGCGUGGAUCAGCUCGGAGGCGCCGUAGCGCAGACCCCUUGGUUAGCCAACAUCGCUCCCGAGGCCACGGGACUGCCAGAAACUGUUCGCAACAGCAAGCACCUCUCUGACACCGUGAAGAAUGCCCUGGAGGAUCACGAGAGGACUUAUUCAGAGGAUCAUCUGCGUGAUUUCAUCGAUCGUUACAUCAAAGAAAUGCGGAAACUAGGAACGACAAAAGAGUUAUCUUUUUCGGAGAAGCAGCUCCAACUUGUGGCUGGCGACCUGCUGGUGGCCGCCCCCACCACCACCUCCAGCACCCUGACGUUCGCGGUGAGGGCGCUGCUGUACCACCCGGAGGUGCAGCGCCGCAGCCAGGAGGAGCUGGACCGGGUGGUGGGGCGGGAUCGCCUCCCCACGCUGGACGACCGCUUCAACUUACCUUACACAGAAGCGAUAAUCAGAGAGACGUUACGAUACAACACGCUACUGCCCUUGGCGUUGCCACAUCUUGCUGCAGAAGACGCCACUCUGGGAGGCUACGACAUUCCUAAGAAUACAAUCGUCAUCUGCAACUUGCAUGCUGUUCAUCAUGACAAAGAGUUAUGGGGUGACCCGCAGAAUUUCCGACCAGAAAGGUUUCUGGACGACCAUGGCAAACUGAAAAGGGACAUCACUUUGCCAUUUGGAACAGGGAAGCGUUUGUGUCCCGGGGAGACCUUCUCGCGGCAAGGCAUGUUCGUUGUUCUCGCUGCGCUGUUGCAAAACUUCAACUUGGAACCAAAGGAUCGCAGCACUUUGCCACCCAUCGACCACGCAAUUAACGGACUGUCCCUCACUCCAAACUGCAUGUGGGUGCUAGGUGCAUUGAAUGAACAUUUUCCUGAGAUGAAAAUUAUCAAAUUAAGGAAGGUA